AUGAGGAUUAGUGCGCAAUUGUCCGCGCUCGCCAUUUCAUUGACGUCCAUUGCAUGUUCGACUGGAGGCUGGGCGCCGUGCCUCAUUGACUGUACGACGAGCAUCUUCACCAUUGUACUCCAAGGCGCGUUCCCUGGAGGCGAUGAGCUUGUGCGCCUCAACGGGCGUGACGUCUCUACAACACCGUGCGGUCCACAAUACAACUGCCCAAGAGGCAUACAAACUCGAGAUUACAACGACGUUUUGGCGGUCAGGGCAGACCACGACACCUCGUUCGAUACUUUCGCACGCAACGGCACCAAGCUCGGACGUCUCCUGUUCACCGCUCACCAAAUGGCAGAAUACGGCAUUUUACUGCGCAACCACACUGGUCACGAUGUGAUUGCUACCAAACAGGGGUCCAACAAUUACACCAUCUCGUCGUUCAGUUGGGCAGGAUCUGGACCGCCUGAUUUGGAGCGCGGUAUCGCCAAGCGCGAUCACUACUUUUCCGGCUCUUACAACCUGCAAUUUGGCGACAGUUUCAACCAAAGUAUCGUACGCCGCAGCUCCUCCUCGGCAGGUUGGGAUCUGGCCAACCAGUUCACCUAUGACAUAUUCCAAUACAGCCCGGGCCCCAGUUACUCGGCUCAAAUCUACACCAACGAUAGCAAGCUCAUCACUCAGGGCCAGCUUGCUUUCCAAUUUUGA